AUGUCGUCCAGCGCGGGCCCUCCUGAGCUACCUGGAUUCUACUGGGACCCGACGACGCAGCGGUACUUCCGGCUGACCCCGGAAGCGCGGCGCAAGCUCGAGCGGGACAAGCAUGCCCAGCGCAAUGCAGCCGGCGGGCGCGCGGGGAGCCAGCGGCGACAGUCCAGGGGCGGGCGCGGCAACAAGAGGCGCAGGGAAGCAGGGGCGCAGGAGCAGGUCGCGCCCCCGCCCGCACAAGUCGAGCCACGGCCGCCGCGUGCCGGCGUCGCAGCUUCCCUGCGGCACCGCGAGACCCUGGGCUCGAGCCACACGCACGGAGCAGGCGACCGCACCAUGUGCCACGGCAGGACAGUGGCGAUGCGGCGGUUGAGCCCGUGCGCGCAUGCCGAUCCGUGGCCGACCGACGCGACCGUCGCGUGCCACAUCCUCCGCGCCGGCCACUUCUUGACGUGCGGCGUUGACUGCCGCGUGGUCCUUGGCUGUGUCGCGCCAUCACGGCGACCGGGCAUGCUUCCCCGCGGCGCCGCGGCUCCGUACCCGUACCAUAUCAAGGCCUACGACAGCAUCGGCGUUCACGAGCCGAGCGCGGGCACGGCGGUGGCCUGCAACGUGGUGCGGGACGCACGCGACCCAGAGGCGCACUGGGCCACAGUGCUGUCGCGGCGAGAGACCGACGCCCCGUGCGCGACGCUCGCCGCCGCACGUGCGCGCUGGGACGCACACCAUGGCCGCUGGGCGCUCGAGCUCGUCCCUCCGAGCACCGGGGCGCCGCUGCGCGCCAACAAGCAGCCGGGCUUCUUCCGGGACUCCGCAGCGUUUGCGUCGUGCGGCGCAGGCGCCGAACACGCCCCGGUGCACGUCUUCCUGGCCGGCGGAACACCGAGGGGCGGCGUCGUCAGCUUGGUGGACUACCCAGGGGUGUCGGCGCUGGCCACGUGGAGCAUGCGGCGCGACGCCGUCUGCGUGGACUGUACGACGUGCGGGCGCUACUUCGUGACGGCGUCGCAGCGCGGCGACGUGUUCCUGGGAGACGUGCGCAGCCCCAGUCUCUCCACGCUGCCGGGCGUGGAGCCGGGCUCCGUCAUCACCGCAACGCACUUCCUCGGAGCUGGCGCCGAACCGCAAGGCUGUUUGCCCCAGCGCGUGAUGGUCGCGCGGCGCGGAGGCGGCAUCGACGUGUGCGACACCCGCACGGGCCGACGCCUCGCGGAGCUCGCGGCGGGCGGCAGCGCCCCGCAGAGCUGGCAGGCGCCGGCGGUGUCGCCAUGCGGGGAGUUCACGGCCAGCAGCGAGGGGGUGUGCGUGAGGGUGUGGAGCACGGCGGCGGGCGUGCGAGAACGACAGGUGCGCGCAGUAGACCUCUCGGGGGCCCGCGCCGCCCGCGACCUCGACCAGGCGUCCGACUCGCGCAUGUCGCUGGCGCUGACGUCAGGGGAGCAGGGGGGGACUCCGGAGAUGGUCGUGGGGGGGCCUGGCAGGCAGGUGACGUGGUGCGCAGUGAGCGGCGCACAGGAACUCGCCGUCCACGGCAUGCAUGGCAGCCGGUUCGGGGGAGUAUAG